CAAAAUUUCCCAAAUCUACUAAUUUUAAACGUUUAAAUUCAGGCAGUACGGCAAUUUUCGGUCAUUGUCUGGUAAAAAUUUGCAAUGGUAAAAUUAACUUUGGUGGUGUUUCUAUUAAGCGUCCAAUUUCUAUUGGAUGCAAGUGCAAAAAAACCAAAGCCAGUGCGUACACCAAUAGUGCGUACUCGAUUAGGUAGAAUAAAUGGAACAAUAAGCACUACUCGACUGGGAAGAUCCAUCUUUUCUUUCAGAGGUAUCCGAUUUGCUGAAGCUCCAAUAAACGAAUUAAGAUUUGCACCUCCUGUACCGGUCAAAAAAUGGAGAGGAGUUUAUGACGCCACUAAAGAUGGUCCUCUUUGUCCACAAGAGACUAAACCUACUAAAAACCCCGUUACCAUUUCUGAAGAUUGUUUGAUCCUCAAUGUGUACACUCCGAAGUUACACAAUAACAAGAAAAGUCCUAAACUCCCCGUCAUCGUUUUCAUCCACGAUGGUGGUUACCUCAGAGGUGGUUCAGCCAGUUACAUGUACGGACCUGAAUACCUCCUAGACCAUGAUGUUGUCUUAGUUACACUUAACUACCGUUUGGGUACUUUAGGUUUCUUUAAUACUGGAGAAAAAGAAGCCCCCGGUAACAAUGGACUUAGAGAUCAAAUUUUAGCUUUGAAAUGGAUCAAAGAUAACAUCGAAUCGUUUGGAGGUGAUUCUGAUUCUGUCACCAUCACUGGCUCCAGCGUUGGAGGAUGGUCCGUCGCUUAUCUUAUGGUUUCCCCGUUAGCCCAAGGUUUGUUCCACAAAGCUGUAGUAACCAGUGGAACUCCUACGGGAGUAUUGACAUUGGUACCCAACCAGAUGGAUGUAGCUAAACAACAGGCACAAUUUGUAGGAUGUCCCGAUGACACAACGGCUAAAAUGAUUAGUUGUUUGAGAGGCAAACCUUACCAAGAAAUCAUCGAUUCAUACAAAGAAUUUAAGGGAUUGACCGGCCAAAAAUCUAGCUUCAUAUGGUGGCCUUCAAUUGAAUCAGAUUUUGGACAAGAACGAGUCGUGCCUGCUCAUCCCAUUGAAAUACUUAAGAGCGGAGUAUUUAACAAAGUUCCUUUAAUGACUGGACAAUCUAAAGACGAAUAUGGUUACCAGGCAUAUAACGUUGUUUAUAACGAGACCAUGAGGAAUCUAUUAAAUGAAGAUUUCGAAAAGUACGCCCCAGAUGUUUUCACUUACGAAAAAGACACUGAACUUUCCAGAAACAUCAGCAGAGCUAUAAAAUCAUUCUACUUGAAAGAUAAAGAUAUCGAUGAAUCCCAAUUGGAUAACGUCAUCGCGAUAUUCGCUGAUGUUACGGUUGGAUUUGCUGUAAACAGGUUUACUAAGCUUGUAGCAACCGCCAGUGAUAAACCCGUAUAUUACUUCGAAUUUACCUACCAGGGAGCUUUCAGCAACUUUUACACGCCCACAAGUAACUUCACCAAACCUUUUGGAAUCGUUCAUCAUGAUGAUUUGAUAUACUUGUUCAGACAAAACAAGUUCCCCAUAUCUGAAGAGAACCACCCGAAAGAUGUCGAGUUGAUUGAAAAAUUCACGUCUAUCUACGCCAAUUUCGCCAAAACUGGAAACCCGAUACCGACAAAAUCUGAGAAAAUGGACAACGUAGAAUGGGUUCCUUUCACCGUCCAAAAUAACAAAUAUCUGGAAAUUGGCAAUGAAUUGGUGAUGAAAGAAAAUCUUUUCAAGGAACGUUUCAGUGUUUUGGAGAAAGCCGUCCCAUUGAUACCCACUCAACAUUAAAUAUUGACAUUUCGUUUUAAUUUUGACUAUAACUGUUUCGAUUAAAGUGUAUUUUAAAAUGUUAAUGUAUGUAUGUGUAUAUUAAUGUUUAAAAUGUGUACCUACUAGUACAGUAAAGAUAAGCAUUUAUUUUU